AGACUAAAAUUGACGAAAUCGCUUUUGGUGACUUGAACGGUUCUGUCUAAAAACGAUUUUGUUGGGCUUAGUGGUGACUAUUACAUGUUUUUGUUUGUCGUGCAAGUUUUUAAGUAAUUUACAAGUAUAAAUAUUUUUAAACAAACUUUUUUCGUUGACCUAAAUGCAUGACAAUGUAUAAUUUGGUUUCAAUUGUGUAAAACUUCGACGCAGUGCACAGUUCGUUAUUAACGAUUUCAGUACUAUCAACAAAUAUACCAGAAAGACUGUGCUGAAUAAAAAAAUACAGUGGAGAUGCAUGCAUAAUUAUUGUCUAAUAAAGGCGAAUGAGACUUGGUUUUAAAACGAGCCCAAGGAAUCGUAUUGGAUCGCAGCCUGUAAUGGCUGGAUAAGCAGUAAUUUUCAAACUGAGAGAACCAAGUCCAAACAGUAUGGAAGACGACGGAGACGACAAAGAUGAUACUAAGAGGAGGACUCGUAACUUGAGUGAAAAAAAGCGACGGGAUCAGUUUAAUAUGCUGGUCAAUGAGCUUAGUUCAAUGGUCUCAACGAACAACAGGAAGAUGGAUAAAUCUACAGUACUCAAGUCUACAAUAUCCUUCCUGAAAAACCAUAAUGAAAUAACAGUAAGAUCUCGAGCACAUGACAUACAAGAAGAUUGGAAACCAACUUUCCUAUCAAAUGAAGAGUUUACAUACUUGGUUCUUGAAGCGUUAGAAGGAUUUGUCAUGGUUUUUUCUGCGUCAGGUCGAAUCUACUACGUCUCCGAAAGCAUUAAAUCUCUUCUUGGUUACAAUCCAACUGAAAUUCUCAAUAAGAGCAUAUUUGAUUUGACGUUUGAAGAGGAUCGCCCUAAUUUAUAUAACAUUCUACAGAACACAAAUACCCCGAAUCCCAAAGAAAUCGAGAUCCGGUUCCAGUGUCACGUGCGUCGAGGUUCCCUAGACUUCAGAGAAGAGACGACAUACGAGCUGAUACAAUUCAACGGACAUUUCAGGGCUAAUAUGGAUCAUAAUGAUAAUGAUGAUUCGUCCGGAUAUCAACAAGAUCCUGAUUCAAGGUUGCUGUUCGUUUGCACCGGUCGUCUGUUCACACCUCAUUUGAUACGCGACGUAACUUUGGUCGACUCGAACCGCAGCGAGUUCACUUCCCGGCACAGCCUCGAAUGGAAGUUCCUGUUUCUGGAUCACCGCGCUCCUCCGAUCAUCGGUUAUCUGCCGUUCGAAGUGCUCGGAACAUCUGGAUACGACUACUAUCAUUUCGACGAUCUGGAAAAGGUUGUGACCUGCCACGAGGCAUUGAUGCAGAAAGGUGAACUCACAUCCUGCUACUAUCGAUUCCUGACGAAAGGUCAACAGUGGAUUUGGCUUCAGACUCGUUUCUACAUCACUUAUCAUCAAUGGAACUCGAAACCGGAGUUUGUCGUAUGCACUCAUCGAGUUAUUAGCAAUGCUGACAUCGCCAAAAACGCCAAGCAAGAAAGCGCCGAACCUGACAACGUGAGUGAGGCGGACGCCAGCCACGGGACUAUAAAAGAUGCCCCUUCGGAAGAGAAUAAUCUGAUGGUCAUGUCGCCAUCGUACAUGUCCGACGCUAGUGACGCCUUCACAAACUCCUAUCACAGGACGUCUCAGCCACCGUCCGUGAAGUCCGCGUCGGCUUCGUGCGCCUCCGGUGGCGCUAAUAGUGGGACCGCCCCGCCCUCUACCACAGCGUGGCAGCAUUCGUCGAACACUCGCUUCGCCCGUUCCGACACCACAUCGGCGUCCGGGGAGUCCAGGUCGUCUCAGAGGAACAACUCGCACGAGCUGGCGCACGGUGGGGUCGCGAACGUUAACGAACAUCCGUGUUACGGUAGCAUGAUGUUCCCGCAGUCGUACAAAGCGGGUUCGGAACCGGCUCUGGUACCGCAACACGGCAUCGGGGCUCAGUAUCUAGAGCCGGACCCCUACGUAAGUGCGGUCAGUCUGCCCGGCGUUCUGCCUUUACCUUUGCCGCCUCUACCGAUCAUCGUGUCCCCCGAUCAGGCUCAGAUACAGGAGCAGUUGCAGAGAAAACACGAGGAACUUCAGCAGAUGAUCUUGAGACAACAAGAGGAGUUGCGACAGGUGAAAGAACAAUUACUACUGGCCAGGCUUGGUAUACUGCAACCCCUUAUAAAUGUCCCGAAUCCGUACGCGAAUACAGAAGAGACACAGCAAAUGCAACGUUUGCCGACUCAAGUAAGUUACGACAGGCCAGCUCAGCGCUCGAUAAGCGGAUACUCUCAGACACAGCCGCCCCCACAUCUGUCAGCCCUCCAGCCACACUCGCAACUUCAACACCAACACCAACACCAACAUCAACACCCGCGCAUGCAGUAAACAACACCGACCAACAUGUUGGCGAUAUUGGGUCAAAUAGUUGGUGCUACGAAACACCGGCGUUCUAUUGCAAACUAUUGCAAUUCAAUUUGCGGAACAUAAUCGACGACAUAUUUUAUGUGAUUAUGAGUACCAUGAUUCUUACCUUGUCUAAUGCCAUAUAAGUACAUAUACUUGAAUCUACAACCUGAUGUUGUGAAAUCAUGUUUCAUACCUUAUGUCUAUUCAUAAGGUCGUGCAAAUGGCCCGUUGCGGAACUAGUGAUGUAAGAUUUUGUUAUAUUAUAAUUUGUUACGUUAAUUUUGUUUUUGAAGUGUCGCGGACAUUUUUUGUCAAACGCCAAUCGGUAAAAGAAAAGAAAAAGAAAAUAUAAUGGUUUUUCUUUUUUUUUCGUCCGUUAUGGUUGAAUAUUUGUUUACAAGAGAAGGCUGUGCGUUUCCAUUACUAUUAUUAUGAUUAGUUAGAAAAUACUAUAAAUAUUUUUUUCUAUUAAGUUAUUAUAUUACGUUUCGUAUGUUGUUUAUGAAAACACGAUAAAGUUUAGAACACAUUGUAACUUUAUAUCUUAUUGUCGUCUGCCAGUGACGUAUCAUGCGGCGUUUCACAGUGAAACUAUGUUUUUUAUUAUUGUUAUUAAUAAUAAAACACGUUUAAGUCUAUACUUAUGUACAUAAAAUUGGAAUUGAUCUCGAUGUAAAUUUGUACCCAAAUAAAUUGAUGGGAUAUAUAUAUAUACAUAUUUAAAUAUACAUAUGUGUACGAGUAUUUGUCGUAAAAAAGUUGUGAAACGUCUUAAACGAUUGAUAGGUGAGUAUUUUAGAUGUACGUCUAAUAUUUAUAUUAUGAACGAGCCUCGAUAAUUAGGUACCUUUUUCAUGUAACUAGAUGAAAUUUACACGUUUUUUUUGUUAGUUUAAUAAACACAUUCUCAAAAAUAAAUAUAAAAACGGAUAUAGUACAUUUGAGGCUGUCUAUUAAUGUUACGAUUAGUUUUUAAUUUCGUUUGUUUUAUAUAUUUUACAAAAAUAUAUACUUUUUAAUUUUCAUAUAUUCUAUUUGAAAUUCGUUACAUACUUAGUUACUUUAAAUUAGUUAAUUUUUUAUAUUUUUCUUUCGUUAUAUUUAAAUAAAAAAUUAACGUUUUUUAGAUUUUAUAAACGUCAAGGACAAUAAUUAUAACCUUCGAUUGUGUGUAAUCGAUUUAAACAUUUAGAAAUGUUUACGAUUAUAUAUUUAAGUAUCUAACUGUGAGAACGGUUGCUCGUAGGUUUCUUUACGAAACUUAUUUAAAAAAAAAGUUGGUUUUUAUAAUAGAGGACCGACACUAUAAUAUUCGAAUUUAAAAUCGUAAUACUUGACGAAUUUAGAGAGUGGUAAUCUGUGAAUUUAAUCGAUAAAUUUAAUAAAUUACGACCUCGUUUUCGUUCGCGUCAUUCUUCACGCGUUCUAAAGAGAGGGGAGGUGGGGGUCGGGGGUCGGGGCGGCCGAGUGCAAUUUACGUCAUAGGACUUACCUACCUGAAGCACAAGAAAUCGGUCACGCUAUAUUAGAGGAUUAAUGAUUCGAUGUCAACUUGAUCGCCCUUUACGGGCGGGAAAAUUUAAAGUGUCAAUUGUUGUGUUGAUUCGCAAUUGUUUCUGCGGUUUCUUUGGUACAGCUUAAGGUCAUGUGAAACAACAGAUGGCUUCAUGUGUCGCGCUGUAAAGGAAUGGUAUUAAUAAUUUUCAACGAAAAACUCUUUGAAUCGUUGUGAAUUAAAAGAGAGUGAAGAAUCUGCGUGAAAUCGGCUCAAAAUUGGGCCCCUUUACAUUUCAUUCGAAAAGUAUUAUGAAUGUAUGAAAUAAAUUAGCUGAAUUUUUUCUCGGACUUUUCUUAGAAGUCUGUGUCCGAAAUUUAAAGUAAUUUUUUAUACUUAGCUAAAUGGUAAAUAAAUUUUUCUAAUAAGUUACGCUAUUUAAACAAAAUGUACCAAAUUCGUGUAAAAUGUAGGAGGAUUUUUGUUAUGCGGUGCUUUCUGGUCCGCCCUAAUGCGUUUCUUUUUUCCCUACCUAUGCUGAUAGCCUUGAGAGGCUAUUUCAGCUUCGCCUCGACGUGUAGGUGAACUCACGGGGCUCUAACCGGGAGUGUU